AAGAAAAGAAGUGGAAUUUUCGUUAGCUUUUUUAAAAGUCAACAUGAUGUCUUUAUAUCCCUAUCCCAUCCUAUGAUUUCUUUUGUAGUCAAAAAAGAAGUAAUACUUUCUGUAAAUGAACACUUGAGUGAGAGUUUAGUGAAAUUUAUUGCAGUUAUAUUUGCAAAUAAGCGCUCUAAUCUCUGUAUU